CGGUGGCGGCAGCAGCAGCAGCAGCCAGAGCGAGAGCAGCGGUAGCUCCGGGUUCUCAGAACGAGCUGGAAGCCGCGGCAGCAGCUCUGUGGCGGCACCUGUGCGGCGCGGAAGUCGCAGGACCUGGGGGGUGGGGCUCUGUCUGAGGCCGAGGAAAGGGGCACCUCCCAGCCCCUUUGGAUUCCAUUGCUCCGCUGAAUCUCGGUGCGGAGCUGGGAGUACUGGUGGGGGUUGGACAUGUGCAGGACCAGCUAGACGGCUGGGGCAGGGAAACGUUGGGUCCAAGUGCAGAGAGGGCAAUGAAAGCAGUGUCUGGGACCACGAUGGCCUCCCGCCUGGACUUUGGGGAGGUGGAAACUUUCCUGGACAGGCAUCCAGAGUUAUUUGAAGAUUACUUAAUGCGGAAGGGGAAGCAGGAGAUGGUGGAGAAGUGGCUGCAGAGGCACAAUCAGAGUCACGGGGCUUUAGGCCCAACGUCCACCCUGGCCGGCCCAAGUGGCUUGACUCAUGGCAGUGGCAGGGGUGGCAGCAGCGUUGGCGGUGGUGCUGGACCAAAUGGCUCUGCUAGCAGCCAGCCCACUCCGGGUAGUGGGGACUGUGGUGGGGUUCCCCUGAGUCCCAGCUGGGCCAGUGGCAACCGGGGUGAUGGGAGCCUGCAGCGGAGAGCUUCUCAGAAAGAGCUAAGGAAGAGUUUUGCCCGCUCCAAGGCCAUCCAUGUCAACAGGACCUACGAUGAACAAGUGACCUCCCGGGCCCAGGAGCCCCUGAGCAGUGUGCGGCGGAGGGCACUUCUCCGGAAGGCCAGCUCCCUGCCCCCCACUACCGCCCACAUUCUCAGUGCCCUGCUGGAAUCACGGGUGAAUCUGCCUCAGUACCCCCCUACGGCCAUGGACUACAAGUGCCACCUCAAAAAGCAUAAUGAGCGACAGUUCUUCCUGGAACUGGUCAAGGAUAUCUCCAAUGACCUUGACCUUACCAGUCUGAGCUACAAGAUCCUCAUCUUCGUCUGCCUCAUGGUGGACGCUGACCGCUGCUCUCUCUUCCUGGUGGAAGGGGCAGCUGCUGGCAAGAAGAGCUUGGUCUCCAAAUUCUUUGAUGUGCAUGCGGGAACCCCACUGCUGCCCUGCAGCAGCACAGAAAACUCAAACGAAGUGCAGGUCCCCUGGGGCAAAGGCAUCAUUGGCUAUGUCGGGGAGCAUGGAGAGACGGUCAACAUUCCUGAUGCCUACCAGGAUCGAAGAUUCAAUGAUGAAAUCGACAAGCUAACUGGAUACAAGACAAAAUCACUACUGUGUAUGCCUAUCAGAAGCAGUGAUGGUGAGAUUAUUGGUGUGGCCCAAGCAAUCAAUAAGAUUCCUGAAGGUGCUCCAUUUACUGAAGAUGAUGAAAAAGUUAUGCAGAUGUAUCUUCCAUUUUGCGGAAUUGCCAUAUCAAAUGCUCAGCUAUUUGCUGCCUCAAGGAAAGAAUAUGAAAGAAGCAGGGCUCUGCUAGAGGUGGUUAAUGACCUCUUUGAAGAACAGACUGAUCUGGAGAAAAUUGUCAAAAAAAUAAUGCAUCGGGCCCAAACUCUGUUGAAAUGUGAACGCUGUUCAGUUUUACUCCUUGAGGACAUCGAAUCACCAGUGGUGAAGUUCACCAAAUCCUUCGAAUUGAUGUCCCCAAAGUGCAGUGCCGAUGCUGAAAACAGUUUCAAAGAAAGCAUGGAGAAGUCAUCAUACUCUGAUUGGCUAAUAAAUAACAGUGUUGCUGAGCUUGUGGCUUCUACAGGCCUUCCAGUGAACAUCAGUGAUGCCUACCAGGACCCCCGCUUUGAUGCCGAGGCUGACCAGAUAUCUGGUUUUCACAUAAGGUCUGUUCUCUGUGUGCCUAUUUGGAAUAGCAACCACCAAAUAAUUGGAGUGGCUCAAGUGUUAAACAGACUUGAUGGGAAGCCUUUCGAUGAUGCAGAUCAACGACUUUUUGAGGCUUUUGUCAUCUUUUGUGGCCUUGGCAUCAACAAUACAAUUAUGUAUGAUCAAGUGAAGAAGUCGUGGGCCAAGCAGUCUGUGGCUCUUGAUGUGCUGUCUUAUCAUGCAACAUGUUCAAAAGCUGAAGUUGACAAGUUUAAGGCAGCCAACAUCCCUCUGGUGUCAGAACUUGCCAUCGAUGACAUUCAUUUUGAUGACUUUUCUCUCGACGUCGACGCCAUGAUCACAGCUGCUCUUCGCAUGUUCAUGGAGCUGGGGAUGGUGCAGAAGUUUAAAAUCGACUAUGAGACACUGUGUAGGUGGCUUUUGACAGUGAGGAAAAAUUAUCGAAUGGUCCUGUACCACAACUGGAGACACGCCUUCAACGUGUGCCAACUGAUGUUUGCGAUGUUAACUACCGCCGGGUUUCAAGAGAUUCUGACGGAGGUGGAAAUCUUGGCGGUGAUUGUGGGGUGCCUGUGUCAUGACCUCGACCACAGGGGAACCAACAAUGCCUUCCAAGCCAAGAGUGGCUCUGCUCUGGCCCAGCUCUACGGAACCUCUGCUACCUUAGAGCACCAUCAUUUCAAUCAUGCCGUGAUGAUCCUUCAAAGUGAGGGUCACAACAUCUUUGCUAAUUUGUCCUCCAAGGAAUACAGUGACCUUAUGCAGCUUUUGAAGCAGUCAAUACUGGCAACGGACCUCACGCUGUACUUUGAGAGGAGAACAGAAUUCUUCGAACUUGUCAGUAAAGGAGAAUAUGAUUGGAACAUCAAAAACCAUCGUGAUAUAUUUCGAUCAAUGUUAAUGACAGCCUGUGACCUUGGAGCUGUGACCAAACCGUGGGAGAUCUCAAGACAGGUGGCUGAACUUGUAACCAGUGAGUUCUUUGAGCAAGGAGAUCGGGAGAGAGCAGAACUCAAACUCACUCCUUCAGCUAUUUUUGAUCGAAACCGGAAGGAUGAGCUGCCUCGGUUGCAACUGGAGUGGAUUGAUAGCAUCUGCAUGCCUUUGUAUCAGGCGUUGGUGAAGGUCAAUGCGAAACUGAAGCCAAUGCUUGAUUCAGUGGCCACCAACAGAAGUAAGUGGGAAGAGCUGCACCAGAAAAGGCUGCUCGCCUCAGCAGCUUCCCCCAUCUCUGCCAGCCUCAUGGUGACCGGGGAAGACAGAGACUAAACCUCCAGGUCAGCCGCUGCUGCAAAACGACUGCAUCCUGAAGAACCAGCUUCGGUCCUGCCACAUUGUUCUUUUGUUCCUUUAAGCGCAAACAGACAUAGAGUCUCAGGGAUGUGCUGGGAAGCAUGCCUGGGCUUUCACCUUAGAGUGCAGUCAGAAGAAAGGACAGAGGAGAAGGGGGUGCAGGGAGCACGCCCCAGGACCCUCAGCUCUCCCUGAUGAACCACAUGGCUGAGCCGAAGAUUCUGGGCAGAGGACCGCUAUGACCCAGGACCUGAGGAUGGUUCUCAUCAGAGCCGAGAGAACGCUGAACAGCGAAGGCGUCAUUAGCGCUGCUUCAUUUUGUAUAUGGCUGUUCUGUUUGUUACAAGCCAAACAAUGCCUGCCUCUGCAUCCUCUCCUGAGCUCCCUUUUGUGCCAGACUGUUCCAAGAACCCCAAUUUGUAUUCUGUAGAGGUACUUUAUUUUUAAUCCUAAAGCUUCUUAAUGAUGGAUCAGAGCCUUUAGACUUGCCUACCUAAAAGAGAAACUAUAUUACCCUUACAAAUACCAGCCAUUCCCAGUUUUCCCCCAAAAAGGUCCACAGUAGGAAGAUAGCAACUGUGUGUGUCUGACUGGUGUUUAUACAAGAUUUAUAACACA